AUCCUCCAUUUUCCACUCGGCUUUCUUCUUCACCAAAAGGAAUAUCCCCGCUCUAUCUGAAAAUAAAUAAAUACAUAUAAAAAAAAAUAGGUGCCAUUUUGAUCUCUUCGAUUUUAACAACUAUUUUCGCUCUCUUCUUCUUCUUCUUACGGUCCAAAUCGGCGGGGCGCACAAUAUGGAGCCUCCUUCAUUUGUGUCCAGAGCAAGAAUUGCUUUCCAUUCCGCAGCUGCCAAAGCCGAGCGAGUCCUCACUGAUUUGAAAUCCGAUCUAGAUUCUGAUAGAUUAUCACCGAAAGAAUUCAAAAACGAAUCUCCGACGAGAGAAGCCGAGUCUAAGAGCAUUCAUGAGGUAAAGCAUUCUAAGUGGAUGCCUGCAAAUUUAGGGACAAAGCAAGAAUGGCAAGAAAGAUUUAAGAAUAUACGGCUAGGUAAAAAAGGAGUUGAAGAUUCAGAGAAAGUUGAAAAUUCAACAAUGGCUGUUGCAUGCUAUGAUGAAAACUUAUACUUGCUCAAAGUAAAGAAUGAUGUGGAAGCAAAGGCUUCAGAAGCAGUUCCCUCUGUAGACAUUUUAAAUAGCAUCAACACCAAUAACAUUCCUCCAACAUCUGUUAUCAAGCAAUUAGCUAUAGCUGCCGAGGCUGGGAGGACUUUUAAGUCUUUGAAAGAUCUAUUGGCAUCUUCUGGAAAUUCUUCACCCUUGAGGGAAAGGACAGGUCUGAGCUUCUCUGCUGUGAAGUCGUUAGUUCUUCGAGACAAAGAGGAUAAACUUGCAUCUGGCUUUGAUGAUGAUGCAAGAGUCCUUGCUUUGAUCCAUUCACUGUUUGAUGCAGAUGGGAACUUCCUCCGAAGGAAUCUUAUUUCUGAUUCAAACACAUCUACAACAACGAUAUCUUUGCCUAGAGACAUUCAUGGUGCUCCUCCACCGAGCUUCGUUGUUAAGCUUUCUGAAGUCAUUGGAAGCUUUAGGACCCUUCGCAAAAUGGCUCUCUUUUGGUGCAGGGUUGUUAUUGAAUUCAGAAGAUUUUGGUCUGAAGAGAGAUAUCUGCCAGGCAUUCCUGUGGAUGAGGCUCCUGAUCUAAAUUCUUGUCUUUUAUAUCAACAAUUACAAGUUAUUAAUUGUUGUCUAUCAAGAAAAAGACGACGUAGUAUUGCAACUGAAUCAUUUGAUUCUGAAAUGGAGGAAGCUAGGUCAAAUGUUGAAGAAUCAGAUGUUGCUAUAGGCACACUGGCUCCCAGCUCUGCAUUGUAUGCACGAGUUAGUAGUGGAGAACUCGUUCUUCGACAGGGAGCUAAUCAACUGGCUGAAAAUUUGACAAUGUUAGAAACUGGUGAACCUAUAUACUCACCUAUUACCCAGGAAGGACCUUUGCUUACAGAAGACCUUAUCAAAGAAACAGAAGAGUUGGUGCUUCGUACAGGGAGUGUUGGUGCUGGGUGUUCUCAACUCCUCUCUGACAUGCAGGCUUUCAAGGCUGCGAAUCCUGGCUGCAUUUUAGAAGAUUUUGUUAGAUGGCACUCUCCACCUGAUUGGACUGACACUGAGCGAAACGAUGAGGUUAACUCUUCAGUUUCAAGAGGUCAACUAAGUAGCAGAAUGCAAAAAGAAGGUAAUUUGUGGCGUGAAUUAUGGGAUACAGCCAAGCCAGUACCGGCAAUUAAACAAACACCACUCUUUGAUGAGGAUUUGGCAGUGGAAGGAAUUCUGAAUUUCUUAGAGGACAUUCCCACUUCUGAGCUUUUUCAGCAACUCUUUGUUUCUCUACUUUCUUUAGGAUUUGUACUAGCCGAGGAAAAGGUCUCUGCUGAUGAAAACUUGUCAAAGCUGUUCUAUGAGUGCAAAGACUAUGUUGUUUCAACUUGCCAGAGAAGUUUGUGGGAUGAUAAAAUGGAUGAUCUUUGUCAGGUGUAUGAAACAGUGGAAAAGAUGGUAGCGACUCCUGAAGAAGUCAUGAAGACGAUGAAGCAGGCAGAGGAGACACCAACAAUGGAGAAUGGAAAUGCUGCUGGUGAGCUAAAACGUCGGUUUAAGAAGCUCAGUCUCAACUUUGGUGGCAAGGAUAAACAACAGCAGAGAAAUUCUCCUCCAAAAGACCAGAAUAAUUCAGAUGAGAGUUCUUCUCGAUCAUUUGCUAGCUUUUUCGAUAGCAAGUCAUCUUUAUUUUCAAAGUUGUCCCCUAAAUCCGAGAAUCUCUCAGUGAUUGAAAAACUUCGAUCCCUAGAAGAAAGUGAUUGGACAUUGGUUUGAUUGCAUCAUUUUUCGCCCUUUUUGUGUUUUCGAUAGGCUUAACCAGAGUAUAGUUUUGCAGGUAAUUGUAAAUUAUUGUGAAAUGAGCUUGAUGGUUGCUAUCAGAAGUAAUUUCAAAGUAGAUAAAAAUUACCAA